GUUGGUGGAGUUCUCGAUGAGAAUUCUGCCACUACUGGCAGUGAUGGCUGCAGGAAAAGAGGCUUGUUAUCGCUUAUCUCAACUUGCUAACAACUGUCCUGGUGAAAGUUCAUCUGAACCUGCUAAUAAAUGUAAUGAGGUUCAUUUGCCAUGGUUUUCAGUAAACCAUGGGAUGAUCCCCAGAUGGUUUGUCAUGCCUUGGAAAAACAUGAAAUUCAGGAAUGUGAAUCUGAAGCAUGCAGGUGCGUGUGGGAUCCAUGCUGGCCCUUUAGAAGACUCUCUAAAAUAAAAUUUCUGUUACUGGAGACAGACAUCAUGAGAUAGACAUCAUUUUUGAGUCACAGAGAGGCUGUGCCAUGGGGAAGAAUUGAACAAAGGCCCACCAGAGAUCUUGAAUAAAGGUCCACCAAAAAUUGCAGAUAUGCCUCUUUAUUCACCACUUUCCCCAUACCAAAGCACUGUGAUUUCCCAAGGCUUCAGGAGGCAACUGGUCUGA